UGUCGAAGUAGAUAAAAUUUGAUAUAAUUUUAGACAAUUAUUGAAAGGUUUAUGGCAUCCCUUCAGGAAUACUUGGGGUCUGCCCGGCUAAGUGAAAAUUGCAAACUGGACCUAAUCAACCAUGUGAACCAAUUAAACCUGCAGUCUUUACUUCUUCCCAAGCGCAAUUUGACUAUGUUUGACAAUAAUUUACCAGCUUCUGUGCUUGCGACAACGGUUUCAACUCAACAAAAAGCUGUUCCAGGGCUUGACAAUACCGCAAAGCAGCGCUUCCUUCAUCUUAAAAAUGAACAGCAAGAGGUUUUCGACACUUGCAUGAAGACUCUCAGCAACAAUACUUAUUUUAAGAAGUGCUCAACUUCCUAUUUUGGGCAGCGGAAUUGUUCUGACCCGUUUAGGGAAACACGAAGUCGAGAGCAAUUAAGUCGGAAAGACGAAGACUUUGUAUAUCGCUACGCAGAGGCAAUGACACACUCGAAAAUUCAGCGUAAUCUAAAAGCAGACGAUGCAACGGUCGCUGCUGUAGAGGCCUAUAGAGAAGCCUUUCGCCGUUUGACCAAUCGGGAUCCCACUGAAAAAGAAAUGGAAGAGGUAAACCGAUUAAAUUUUGCGUUUGAUGAACAUGGAAGGAUUGGGGUUGUGCAGAAGCCACACUCCUGCUACGAACACUCGCAUAUCUCAUGUUGCAAUCGCCGCGUUCCUAAGUGUGAUAAUCAACUUUACUCACCCGAAAAGCAUGUUAUGCGUGCGGCACGCGAUCGUUUCCCUGGUCCCAUCCCGAUAUGGUCAUCCACCAAGAACACAUAUACCAUGGUAGCAGGUGAUAUGCAUCAGUCUGGUCACUAUAAGCCCCAUUGUAGUUCGAAAAAAUCUGCGCUCAGAACAAUAGUUGGCUCAAAGUAG